CCUCAACUGCUCUCCAAUAGUACAAACACAUUGUUCAGACAGGAGCGAGGAGUAACAUACGGAGAGGACACUAUUCAAGUAAGUUACUGAAUUUAAUUCAGCAUUUCCCGAUAUUCACUUUACAAGAACAGCUGGAUAACAUAAUAAGCAAAACGUAAUGUUCUUGCAAACAAUUUUGAAACAGGAAUUUACAUGUUUUAAACCCAGGAUGGAAGUAAUAUAUUUGUCUAUGUAUUCCGAUAUGCUACAAUAGGAGGCAAGGUCAGGAAGGAAAGUGACACAUUUCCAGCAGAUAUGUCUCAGAGAGCAAGACAUUCUGGGAGGGGCUUUACUGGUAGGCCUUAUACCAGGAACAGGGGAAACCGUGAAGCACUGUCUGUUCAUCAGGACACUAGACCACGAAGGAUUAGACCAAAUGGGAGGGGAUUUACUGAUAGGCCUAACACCAGGAACAGGGGAAACCUUGAAGACCUGUCUGUUCAUCAGUUCCCUGGAUCUCAAAGAAUCAGACAAAACGCUGGCACUCAAGGAAUAUUCACAACCAGAAGGCACCUGUCAAACCUGAUUGUCUCCCUCUUGCAACCACUGUCCAUUGUAGAAGAUGCUGGUUUCCAGGCAUUUGUGGAUGCCAUAAAAAAUCCUGGCACCCUUAUUCCAAAGGAGACAUUUUCUAUUCGAAAAGACCUUCUCAGAAUGUACAAUAAGACAAGGCAGAAGGUAGAGCAAGCCCUUGCCUUGGCUCAUGACAUUGUCUUAACAGCUGAACUGUGGGUUGCAAGAGCAGAAGAGUCCUAUCUGACAGUGACUUGCCAUGUCAUCGACACAGAAUGGAACCUCAAUUCCUAUGUAUUAGAAACAACCAAAGUCCUGGGUGAAGAUACAUCAGUCGACAUAGUAAAACAACUUUUAGGAAUUGCAAACGACUGGAGAAUUAAAGAAAAGAUUCACACCGUGGUGACAAACAUAGAUGGAUCCAUGAGAGAAGACAUUUCUAGAAAUGGAUGGACACACAUUCCUUGCUUUGCCCACACUUUAAACCUGGUGUUUAAAGAGACAUUGAUGAUGGAUCCUGUUCUAGAGGCCAUGCUGAGGAAGUGUCAGAAGAUUGUGAGGUUCUUCCACAACGACAUAGAAGCUGAGAAAAAGCUAAAAGAGGCUCAACUCCAACAACAGUUGCCUCAUCAUGGCCUGAUCCAGUCUGUUGGUGAUGGAUGGUUCUCUUGCUUCCACAUGCUGAAGAGACUUGCUGAGCAAUACAUGGCUAUCAACAUGGUGCUUAGCCAAAGGCAAGAGUUCGACCUCUGUCUUAAUGGAUCUGACAUAACUAAAGCCGCCAGUGCCGUAGCAGCCCUUCAGCCUUUCAAAGAUGUGACAGAGGAGAUGUCACAGAGAUGUAAAGACAUCUCUAAUAAUCAGCAGUACUACUUCCUCUCCAACAGCAUUCCUCUGGUCGGAGAACUUCAGACAAAACAACAAAGAGCAAAGGGGAAACGAUGUAGCUAAUCACUUAGCCAAGCAAUGCAAACAUCAUUUUGGUGAUUUGAAGAAGAGCCAACGACUGUCCUUACCACAGCCCUGGACCCAAGGUUCAAAAACCUCAUACUGAAUGUCAACGACAGUGAAAGUGCUAAUCACUUCCUAACUAAAUUGCUUAAAGAUCUCAAAGCGAUUUCAUCUCCACUGAUAGUUUCAUCCGAUGUACCGAACUUAGUUCAACUGCUGAAAAAGUACAGUGAACACAGCUCAAUUCCAGAGACGGAAAACCACUUGCAUGGUGGAGAUUUGAAGGAUCUGAGAAAUUCAAGGAUCUGAGCAGGGUAGCCCUUAGAAACUUGGUGUGGUUUCUACAGCAUCCCUUGGAUAGGGCUUUCCAUGAGACAGAUAAAAUGUUCUACAGCAGACGAAGUUGCCUGGAGCCAGAGAAUAUCAACAUCAUACUGUUUCUGAACAGCAACUACACUCCUUAGUUGUAAAGGGGGUUAGUAGUGGUCACAUGGUUAUCUUUUAAAUUGAACAAAUGAUAGUCUAGCGAUCUAAGCCGCUUCCUUCUAGAAUUGAUAUAGUGCUGCCAGCAUGGGUUCGAAUCAAGCCCAUUGCUCUUUCAACACUCACUUCUUACCGUUGCCUAUCAGAUAAACAAUGAAAUAUGUAAAGAGUUGGACUGUCCCACUCCUUUAAAACAAGUUAACAACUUAGAACUUACUGUAUAUAAGAACAUUGUAAUAUGAACUUGAGCCAUACUUAAAUGAAAAUAACAAUCUAAAAGCUGAAAACAUUCCAUGGAUCUUAACUGCCACCUAGUGGAGGAGAGACUAACUGGUCUUUGAUUUUCCCCCCAGUAUUUUUGUUUAUCCAAUCCUUCCAGACAAUACAAGAUAGCAAUGUGGCACUGUAUGAACAGAAACUAUCAUAAUCUCUUUGUUAUUGAGGAUGAGUUGAGAAUCAUGACGGGGUGUUUAAGGUAGCCAGUCCUGUAGUUUGGAAGCUCUGGCAGAGUGGCCCUUAUACCCACAAUAAACAUAACAGACAAAAGCAGAGAUGUUAUGCAUGUCAUACUUCUUUCAAGGUCAAAUAGGCUUCUCCUACACCUGUAAUACAUAAGAGAGAGUUAUUUUUCAGUUUUACCUUGAGAUUCCUAUUUUGAAAUCUGAAGGUACAUUUUUGGUUGAGUAAAUCUUCAGUAAAAAUAAUUAUGUUAAUAGUCAUAUUAUAAUGUACCAAGAAUAUAUAUGAGUGAUGUUAUUGUACAUUUAGCAAAUAUAC